AUGGAAGGGGUUAUACUGAAGGAGAGAGCGCAUGUCAGCAGUGAUGCUUGGAUGCCUGAGCUCUGGAAAGUCUGCGGGAGAGCCCAAAGCAGCGGAGACAACCUGCUCUCCAACUGUUUACUCCGAGCUGCGUCAUUAUUACAAAGUACAGAGAAGCGAUCUGUCAAGGAGCUUGGUAAUAAAGUUGCAUAUAUGGGUUCUUUUCUGGCAGCCUCGAUAAUUAUCUUUUCGCCCUACCAUUGGCAAGCCUUUGCUAACCGGCUCUCGGAUGCUUCGGAGAUGAUUCUGAUCGCCCGGUAA